CACGUGAAGGACAUCAUCCUGCAGUCCAACCCGCUGCUGGAAGCGUUUGGGAACGCCAAAACCGUCCGGAACAACAACUCCAGCCGUUUUGGGAAGUACUUCGAGAUCCAGUUCAGCCGGGGUGGUGAGCCUGACGGGGGCAAGAUCUCCAACUUCCUGCUGGAGAAGUCACGGGUGGUGAGCCAGAACGAGUGCGAGAGGAAUUUCCACAUCUACUACCAGCUCAUUGAAGGGGCAUCCCAAGAGCAGCGGCAGAACCUGGGAAUCAUGAGCCCGGACUAUUACUACUACCUGAACCAGUCGGACACUUACCAGGUGGAGGGCACAGAUGACCGCAGCGACUUCCAUGAAACUAUGAACGCCAUGCAGGUCAUUGGCAUCCGCGGCGAGGACCAGCAGCUGGUGCUACAGAUCGUGGCAGGGAUCCUCCAUCUGGGAAACAUCAGCUUUCGGGAAGAAGGCAACUACGCUCGGGUGGAAAAUGCUGACUCCCUGGCCUUCCCUGCCUACCUGCUGGGCAUCGACCAGGACC